AAUUCGACGAUGUUGCGAUUCAUUUCCUUUCGGCAAACUUCCGGCGUUGACACUCGAGCCUCUCCAACUUUCCAUCGCUCUCUACCUUUUUCCGGUUCUUUGCAAAAGUGUUCUACAUCUAUUCAAAAUGGCCAAACGCACGAAGAAGGUCGGAAUCACCGGUAAAUAUGGCACCCGCUACGGUGCCUCCCUUAGAAAAAUGGUGAAAAAAAUGGAAAUCACACAACACAGCAAGUACACUUGCUCUUUUUGCGGCAAAGAGGCAAUGAAACGCAGCGUUGUAGGAAUUUGGUCGUGCAAACGAUGUAAGAGGACAGUUGCUGGUGGUGCAUGGGUAUAUUCCACAACUGCUGCCGCUUCAGUAAGAUCAGCAGUGCGCCGAUUACGUGAAGUUAAGGAACAAUAAACAUAUGUAAUAAAUAUCUUUUUGUCAAUAUUUA